UGGUGUCAACAUCUCUGUUUAGCAUCACUCUCCCAUAGCAGCCGAUUCCACCUGCCUGCUCCGGCCGCUGCUGCAGGCAGGGGGUGGAAACGUACGGGACCUCAGCAUCCACUGACUGACUUCACUGACCUGCAGAUAUGGCCAGCCAGCAGGACUCGGGUUUCUUUGAGAUCAGCAUCAAGUCCCUGCUGAAGUCCUGGAGCAGCACUUCACCAGGGUACAGCAAGCCUCCUGUCCCGCCGGUUUGCUGCUCGCAGGGUGAAAAGGGACCGCCCGCCAUGAUGCCUAUCAGCGUGGACCCAGAGAGCCGGCCGGGCGAAUACGUGCUCAAGAGCCUCUUCGCCAACUUCACCACCGUCUCUGAGCGCAAAAUACGGAUCGUCAUGGCCGAACCGUUGGAAAAACCUCUGGUAAAGUCUCUUCAGAGGGGUGAAGAUCCACAGUUUGACCAAUUGAUCAGCACAAUGAGUUCUCUGGCCGAGUAUUGCCUGCCAUCUAUCUUGCGCACCCUGUUUGACUGGUACAAAAGACAGAAUGGAGUUGACGAUGAAUCCCAUGAGUACAGACCACGUUCAAAUACAAAGUCCAAAAAUGAUGAGCAGCAGAAAGAUUAUCUGCUGGAGAGGAGAGACCUAGCCAUCGACUUCAUCUUCUCUCUUGUGCUCAUAGAGGUUCUCAAACAGACAUUAAAGAUAUUUCCUGCUGUUAAAAAGAGGUUCAUGAGUGAGCUGAAGGAGCUCCGUCAAAAGGAGCAGAGCCCAUACGUGGUCCAAAGCACCAUCAGCCUCAUCAUGGGCGUGAAGUUCUUCCGGGUGAAAAUGUAUCCUGUCGAAGAGUUUGAAGCCUCCUUUCAGUUCAUGCAGGAAUGUGCGCAGUAUUUCCUGGAAGUGAAGGACAAAGACAUCAAACAUGCUUUGGCUGGACUCUUUGUGGAAAUUCUAGUUCCCGUAGCAGCGGCUGUUAAGAAUGAGGUGAAUGUUCCUUGUUUAAGGAACUUUGUGGAGAGCUUGUAUGAUACCACCUUGGACCUUUCAACAAGAAAGAAACAUUCUCUGGCUCUGUACCCACUAGUGACAUGUCUACUGUGUGUCAGCCAAAAGCAGUUCUUCCUCAACAGAUGGCAUGUCUUUCUCAACAACUGCCUCUCCAAUCUGAAGAGCAAGGACCCUAAAAUGGCACGGGUAGCACUAGAGUCCCUCUACCGACUUCUGUGGGUCUACAUGAUUCGCAUCAAAUGCGAGAGCAACACUGCGACGCAGGGCCGCCUCAACUCGAUUGUGACGAACCUGUUCCCUAAAGGAUCCCGCAGCGUAGUUCCUAAAGACAUGCCUCUCAAUAUAUUUGUUAAGAUUAUCCAGUUUAUUGCACAGGAAAGACUUGACUUUGCAAUGAAAGAAGUCAUUUUUGACCUACUGUGUGUUGGGAAACCUGCAAAAGCCUUUAGUCUUAAUCCAGAGAGAAUGAAUAUAGGUCUCAGAGCAUUCCUGGUCAUUGCUGACAAGCUGCAGCAGAAAGAUGGUGAUCCCCCCAUGCCGAACACAGGGGCCACGCUCCCUUCUGGAAACACACUACGAGUCAAAAAGACAUUCCUGAGCAAGCCUCUGACUGACGAUGAGGCCAAAGUCAUAGGAAUGUCCAUCUAUUACCCCCAAGUGCGGAAAGCUUUAGACAACAUCCUCAGACACUUGGAUAAAGAGGUUGGUCGCUGUAUGAUGCUGAGUAACGCACAGAUGCUGAAUAAGGAACCCGAGGACAUGAUUACGGGCGAGAGGAAACCUAAGAUUGACCUCUUUAGGACAUGCAUGGCCGCCAUUCCACGCAUCCUUCCCGAUGGCAUGUCCAAGUCAGAGCUCAUAGACCUUUUGGCUCGGUUAACCAUCCAUAUGGAUGAUGAACUGCGUCUGAUAGCCCAGAAUUCCCUGCAGAGUCUGCUGGUGGAUUUCUCAGAUUGGCGGGAGGAAGUGCUCCUGGGAUAUUGCAGCUUCCUGCUUCGAGAGAUUCAGGACACACACCAAACCCUGCUGGACUCCUCACUUAAACUACUGCUUCAGUUGCUCACACAGUGGAAACUAGCCCUUCUCAGCACCAGCAAGAUUCUGGACACAUCAAAGAUCUGCUCCACUGAAGUAAGUGGCAAAAAAAAAAAGUUUCACAAACUGCCUGCUGAACGGCCCCCUCACUCCACAGUCUUGCAUGCUGUUGAGGGUCUCGCUUUAGUGCUACUGUGCUCCUGCCAGACAGGCACACGCAAACUAGCUGUGUCCAUCCUUCGAGAGGUCCGCCAAAUCUUCCUCACCAUCGGGCAGACUGAGGAAGAUGAAAGGCCCAUGAUAGAUGUACUGGACCAGCUGUGCCCAGUGGUGCUUGAGAGCUUUGCCCACGUGGCGGUGGCUGACUCGGCGUCUCUCCCCGCUGGGCAGCACGCGGACCUGCAGUGGCUGGUGGAGUGGAACGGAUCUCUGGUCGGCCGUGACGGAUCUGUUACUGUCAGAAUGAAGAGGAGAAGCACAAAACCACCGCUCAACCCAGUGAACGCCAAGAAGACAAGCUCAGCUGGUUCAGCGGACACUUAUGUUUCUCUCUGGAGAAACUAUCUGAUUCUGUGUUUUGGCGUGGCCAAACCCAGCAUCAUGAGCCCGGGUCAUCUUCGAGCUUCCACCCCUGAGAUCAUCACUCCCAGUACAGACAGCAACAGCAGCUAUGACAGCAAGAUCCUGGGCACUCCGUCUGUGGCCUGGCUUCUGAAGCAGUUGGUCUCUCUGAUGCGUUCAGAAAGCAUUGAGAUCACAGAGUCUUUGGUGCUCGGAUUUGGCCGCACAAACUCACUCGUUUUCAGAGAGCUGGUUGAGGAACUGCAUCCUUUGAUGAAGGAAGCUUUGGAAAGACGACCUGAGAAUAAAAAACGGCGAGAGAGAAGAGAUCUGCUGAGACUCCAGCUCCUCAGGAUCUUUGAGCUGCUGGCGGAUGCCGGUGUCAUCAGUGACAGCACUAAUGGAGCGCUGGAACGUGAUACCCUGGCCCUGGGCGCUCUCUUUCUUGAGUAUGUGGACCUGACCCGGAUGCUUCUGGAAGCCGAGAAUGACAAAGACAUGGAGAUUCUCAAAGACAUCCGAGCUCACUUCAGCGCCAUGGUGGCCAACCUCAUACAGUGUGUCCCAGUGCAUCAUCGACGUUUCCUCUUCCCUCAGCAAAGCCUUCGGCACCAUCUCUUCAUCCUUUUUAGCCAAUGGGCUGGACCCUUCAGUAUCAUGUUCACGCCCCUGGAUCGCUAUAGUGACCGGAACCAUCAGAUCACUCGAUACCAGUAUUGUGCUCUUAAGGCCAUGUCAUCUGUCCUUUGUUGUGGCCCCGUGUUCGACAACGUAGGGCUCUCUCCUGAUGGCUACCUCUAUAAGUGGCUGGAUAACAUCCUUGGCUGUCAAGAUCUGCGGGUGCAUCAGCUGGGCUGUGAGGUGGUGGUUCUUCUGCUGGAACUUAACCCAGAUCAGGUGAAUCUGUUUAACUGGGCCGUGGACCGAUGUUACACCGGCUCCUGCCAGCUGGCCUCUGGUUGCUUCAAAGCCAUCGCCACUGUCUGUGGUAGCAGAAACUACUCCAGUGAUAUUGUGACUCUGCUGAACCUUGUUCUCUUCAAAGCGUCCGACACAAACAGGGAGAUCUACGAGAUCGCUAUGCAAUUAAUGCAGAUUCUAGAGGCCAAGCUGUCUGUGUAUUCUAAGAGGAUUGUGGAACAGAAAAGUGGUGCUAUCCUGUAUGGGACACACGGGCCUCUUCCACCCCUCUACAGUCUCUCUGUAUCCCAGCUUUCAAAGCAACUUGCCAGAAUGUACCCUGAACUCACCUUGCCCCUUUUCUCAGAGGUGAGUCAGAGGUUUCCCACCACUCAUCCAAACGGGCGUCAGGUCAUGCUGACCUACCUGCUCCCUUGGCUCAGUAACAUUGAGAUGGUAGAUGGAGGCCUGCUGUCCACGGUCUCGAGUCCAAGCAGCUCUGGGGACAACAGGACGGGAUACAGUCACAACACCUCAGCACCUCACCCUCUUCGAGGCACAGGCUGGGGGUCGCUGCAGGCCUCCUCCCUGGUCCUAAACAACCUCAUGUUCAUGACUGCAAAGUAUGGGGAUGAUGUCCCAGGUGCAGAAAUGGAAAACGCUUGGAACGCUCUGGUCAGUAAUGAACGAUGGACUAAUAACCUGCGGACCACCCUGCAGUUCCUCAUCAGCUUAUGCGGAGUCAGCAGUGACACCUCUCUUCUGCCUCAUAUUAAGAAGGUUGUGAUCUACCUUUGUCGCAACAACACCAUUCAAACCAUGGAGGAGCUGCUUUAUGAACUUCAGCAGACAGACCCUGUGAACCCUGUGGUGGUGCACUGUGACAAUCCUCCAUUCUACCGCUUUUCAGCCACAAGCAAAAUUACCACCACCACUUCUGGUCCACCUUCCUGCAGCAAAACAUUGGUGUGUGGCCAGGAAUACAUCCCUGACACAGAUGACUCACCAGUCACAAAGGAGUGUGAUGACAGGCUAAGCAACAUCUUACGAGCACAUAACCGCCUGGAGUCUCGGUACAGCAGCAGUUCUGGAGGUUCCUACGAUGAGGAAAAGAGUGAGCCGCUCCCACCGUAUGCCAUGUGGCUUAUGAGUGUGCUGGAAACCAAUCAGCCGCUUCCUCUUCCCAUGCCAGUUAACGGAGGCUGCUGGGCACCGCUGGUCGACUAUCUACCUGAAACAGUCACCCCACGAGGACCUCUCCACAGGUGUAACAUAGCAGUGAUCUUCAUGACAGAGCUGGUGGUGGAUCACAGCGUGAAGGAGGACUGGGCCCUGCACCUCCCUCUACUGCUCCAUGCCUGUUUCCUGGGUAUGGACCACUACCGCCCGGAGGUGUUUGAACACUGUAAGAGGCUUCUCUUGCACCUUCUCAUCACGUUAUCUUGCAACAACAAUUUCAGCCUCAUUGCCUCUGUUCUGCUAAACACCAGAGAUGCCAACAGCAACAAGAGCCUGACUUUCAAACCCAUCUACCAGCCUGAGUUCUACACAGGUGGUGUGGACUUCCUGAGGAAUGGCCAGGCAUCUCCGGUUCCAGAUUCUGGCCUCAGUUCCUCCUCUGCCUCGUCCAGCCUGAGCCUUGGAGGCAGCAGCUCCAACCUGCCUCACCUGGCCCAGGAAGAGGUGGAGCAAAUGGAGAGCAGCACUGAAGAUGACGAGAAGAGCAGCAAACUCAUUGAGUUUCUCACUACCAGACCUUUUGGACCAUUGUGGAGCCAUGAAGACAUCACUCCUAAGAAUCAACACUCAAAGAGUACCGAGCAGCUUACCAACUUCCUGCGACAUGUAGUUUCUGUGUUCAAAGAGUCCAAAUCAGACAUUAGGCUUGAGCAGCAGUUGAGUGAAGUGGCAUUGCAGAUGGCUCUGUGCAGCUCCUCCAGACAUUACGCUGGACGUUCGUUCCAGGUGUUCAGAGCUCUACGGCAGCCCCUCUCAGCGCUGGCUGUGUCUGACCUGCUUUCACGCUUGGUGGAGGUAGUCGGGGAGCCCGGGGAGGAGGUUCAGGGUUAUGUAAUGGAGCUUCUCCUCACUCUUGAGUCAGUGGUGGAUAAUCUAGCCGAGUGCCUGAAGAACAAUGAUUUCUUUGUCAUACUACGGGCAUCUUCACCAGAUCUUCCAUCCAGCAGCAAGUUAACACUAAACCGUAAAAGCACCAGUCAGCUGGACCUGAUCCCAGGAUCAGGCACUGCUUCUGAGCGAAUACGCCACCAGCGUAGCUACUCCGUACCCAAGCGCUUUGGCGAGGUUGAGCGUUCCUCUGAGGUUCCCCGGAGUGCCACCUUGGACCGCAUCCACCUUCAUCAGAGCAAUAUCUCCAAGCUCCGAUCCCUGUCCUCAUCCUCCUCCAGAGACAACGUGGUCUCCACCGACCCGACCAAUGCCAACCAUCCUCGCAACCUGCUGGCCAGCAUUUUUUGGGCAGUGGUGUCACUCAUGGAGUCAGACUUUGAGUUUGAGUACCAGAUGUCCCUCAGGUUGUUAGGGAAGCUGCUAGGCCACAUUUCAUUGGAUAAGCAGGAAUACAGAGAGAAGCUGGAGAAGAUCCAGAUCCAGUUAAAAUGGAAGGAGUUCUCUGGGCUUCAGCAGCUGCUUCUGAAGGGCUUCACCUCUGCAAACACUACAGAAUUCACCUUGGAGAUGUUCAGCCAGCUCACGCCCGUCUCACGCCUACCUGUGGUGGACACCUCACAAGUCAUAGGUUUCCCAUUGAACGUGCUCUGCCUCAUCCCCCAUCUUGUGUUACACUUUGACUCACCUACUCAAUUCUGUAAGGACGUGGCUGAGAGAAUUUCCCAGGUUUGCCUUGAGGAAAAGAACUCCAAGCUGUCCAACCUUGCCCAUGUGAUGACAUUGUACAAAACGCACUCCUAUACCCGUGACUGCUUCUCUUGGGUCAAUGUGGUGUGCCGCUACCUACAUGAAGCGUUCAGCGACAGCACACUCAGCAUGGUUACUUACAUGGCGGAGUUGCUGGAGAAAGGAUUACCCAGCAUGCAGCAAACUCUUCUGCAAAUCAUCUACAGUCUACUGAGUCACAUGGACCUGAGUGCUAUUCAAGCCAAACUCUUCAACAUGGAGGUUCUAACAACCAUAGAGAUGUUUGUUCAGACUGCACACUGGAAGGAAGCCUUGAACAUAUUAAAGCUGGUGGUCUCCCGCUCGGCUAGUCUGGUUUCGCCUUCAUCCCCGCAGAGUAACGCAUCCACUGUGGAUGUCAGGCGUGUUUGGGACACACCCUCCAAAGCCCUGCCUGGAAAGACCCUUGACUUUCACUUUGACAUUUCAGAGACACCGGUGAUUGGCCAGCGAUAUGACGAGCUUCACGGUUCUCCGAGGCAAGAUGGGAAGAAUGGAGGUGGGGUUACCGUGACACGCAGUACCUCCUCUACAUCCUCGGGCUCUUACCAAAACAACCACGUGCUGGUGCCUGUCAGCUGGAAACGACCACAGUCCUCACAGAAAAGAACUCGUGAGAAGUUGGUGAAUGUAUUAACCUUGUGUGGCCAAGAAGUUGGACUCACCAAAAACCCAUCUGUGAUUUUCUCAUCCUGUGGGGAACUGGACCUGAUUGAGCACCAGCCCAGUCUGGUGUCCUCUGAGGACGGCACACGGGACACCGAAAACAUGGAUGACACCACUUCAGAACAGCAGUUCCGUGUGUUCAGGGACUUUGACUUCCUGGAUGUGGAACUGGAAGAUGGAGAGGGUGAGACAGCUGACAGCUUUAACUGGGGUGCGCGGAGGCGUUCCAUUGACAGCCUGGACCAGGCUGAAGCCCAACCAAUGGAGGAGGACAGCCAGCUCUCAGGAAGUUCACCAAGCCUGUGUCCAAUCGUCCAUGAUGAAUCUGACGAGUCUUCUGAGGAAGAGUCCCUCACAGCCAGCCAGAUUCUCUCAGCUUCACAACUAAAUGUCGGCCUGUCUCCUACUGAGGAACUAAACCCCAUGGACUCCCCUCCCAUCUCCUUUGACAACACUCAAGCUGACCCAAUUCCUCUUUCCACCCCAACUCCUAGCUUUGAGAUCUCAGCACCCGAGGGCUCGAACCAUCGGGCUGAGGAUUCGGCUGAAGAAGAAGAAGCCAUUGUUAAUGAGGACAAUAUCUCACUCUGCAUUUGCGAGUCGCCGCCUGCCUUCAGUAGUUCUGACAUUCUAACAGCAGGCACAUCCCAGAGGGAAAACAACUUCUUUACUGACAACGAGACAUGUUGUGUACCCAGUGGGUUUGGAGACCAGCAGAGCUCUGUGGCACAGGCAGAGGAGGAAAAGGAAGAGCUGUUGCUAGAGUCCCGUUCCUCCCCUCCGCCUUCUCCCUUUUUCUCCGCCAUCCUGGCCGCUUUCCAGCCGACUGUAUGCGAUGAUGCUGAGGAGGCUUGGCGAGAUCAUCUCAGCCAGUUGGUGGCUGACUCUGAUGGUUCCUGUGCAGUUUACACCUUCCAAGUCUUCUCCUCACUCUUUCAGAGUAUACAGGCCAAGUUCUGCACCUUGACUUGUGACGCUGCUGGUUACCUUGGCGACGGCCUUCGUGGAAUUGGAGCGAAGUUUGUAAGGUCAUCCCAGAUGCUGACAUCCUGCUCCGAAUGUCCCACGUUGUUUGUCGAUGCAGACACUAUUGUGUCUUACGGGCUCUUGGAGAAGAUGAAGUUUAGUGUGUUAGAGCUGCAGGAGUAUCUAGAGACCUACAACAACAAAAAGGAGGCAGUCAUAUCAUGGCUACGCAACUGCAAGGCCAGUUUCCCCAAAUGCACUGGAGAUGGAGUGAUCACCCAUCAGCCUGCUGAAACGGAAGAGAAGCAACUGGAGCUUUGUCAAAGACUCUACAAACUCCACUUUCAACUGCUGCUGCUUUUUCAGUCUUACUGUAAACUGAUUGGCCAAGUUCACGCUAUAAACUCUAUACCAGAGCUGCAGAACAUAUCCAGAGAGUUGAGUGAGUUGAGAAGUAACCUGAGGGCAGCAGCAGCCUCAGUGGCCAAUGAGUCCGCAGCUGAGCCGAGAGAACCCACCACUGAAUCCCACUUCAGCUCCUCUGAGGCUGCUGUGCAGGCCAUUCUAGAGAGCCUGAAAACCAACGAGUUCUCCAGAGCCAUCCGUUACAUACAGGAAUGCAGGAAAAUGUGGCCAAGUGACAUCUUCGGCAGCAGCUCCGAGAAUGAGAUUCAGACUCUACUCAACAUCUAUUUCCGGCACCAAACUCUGGGUCAGACAGGAACCUUUGCCCUGGUCGGUUCAAAACAAGACCUAUCUGAGAUAUGCAACCGACUCACUGAGCUCAACUGCGAGAUCCGAGACAUGAUUCGAUGGGCACAGGGCUACCGGGCCAUCACUGCCUUCCUUCCUGACUCCAGCGUGACCGGCAUCAGCCUUUGAGUUGAACUUUAAGGGAUCAGGCCGGCAUUGGCCUUCUUUCCACCACUCCUGUCUGAAGUUGCUGCUGCCUUCACUGUUCUCCCCUAGUGCACUCAUUACUGUCCUGCCUCUGCUUACCUUAAGAGCUUCAAGGAUGUACAGCUAAUAUAGCCUGGAAAAAUGCAACAGGGGACAGAAAAAGAAGUCGAAUCCUUGGCUUCUUUGCACUACUGUGUAUGUAAGGGGCCGCCCCUGCCUCUGAAAUGGGGCCUCUAUCACUGCAGGCAUCAAAGGUAUACCAAAAACUACCAUUAUACAUGUAACGGGAAAAUGUGCAAUGCCUCACACCAAGUGAAACUUUUCAUCUUAGAGAGAAUGUUUUAAAAUUUCAGUGCUCUCAGCUACUUGAUGAUACAUAAAUGUUCUAUUCUUGCUUUUUUUAUUUCAAAUAAAAACGGAAAGCCGUUGUUAAUGUGGCUUUUUAAAAAAAUGUUUAAAAAGAUCAGACUUUUCACAGUGCGCACCCAUGCCUCAGCUUUUAUCUGUACAGACAGAAUGUCUCUAACACAAUGCAAUGCUACAGUCAGAGAGACCUGGAUGCAUAAAGGGGUCAUCCAGCACUUAUUUAUGAAAGGGGGUGUUUGGUUUUACUAAUGUCUUUCUACUGUUUAGUUGCUCCUAGAAGGUUUAUUUAUAUUCUUAAAAGGAAGAUCAUGUUUUGAUCAUCGUAAAAUAGUAUAGUUUUUUAGGAUGGAAUUAUGUCUAUUCUGUCUAUUGAAAUGGCCAAGCAUUCAAAGGUAUGUACAAUAAGACGAAAUAGAGAUAUUUAUGGAAUAAGAAAUUAUUUUAAAUGAAAGAUUUGUACAUAGUAGUGGGAGUGUAGCCCAGACUUGUAAGAUUUUAUUUUUAUGGUUUUAUUUUGCUGUCUACUGUAUAAAUAGUGUGCAUGCAAUAAAUAGAUCAAUAAAUAAUAUUAAU